GUGAUCUCAUUCUAUUCAUCCUAAAACUGUUGGAAAAUGAGUUUUAGUUUCCCAGUGCGGUUUAAAUAAAGCCUGAAUUGAUCCAGGUUGUUCGUUGGUUCCUCGUUCUUUGAUUUUUAAAUAUUUCCUUACCAAGUUUGAGUCCAAAAACGGAAUUAUCUGACUGUCUCUGAGGCUUGAACUGCGGCCCAAAGAUAUGUUCCAUAUUCCGCCGGCAGGGGGCGGUGUGAUCAAGCUGUGACGCUGAGCUGCUGUUUAGCUCCAGAGAGGAAGUAGAGGACCGGAAGUUCCGCUGUGGAUGAAACAGACAAACAUCACCUGCGCCUUCGAGGUUCCGAGCCAAAGGUUCUGAUCCGGUCAGAGUGUUUGAACCCGAAGCAAACAUUUAUAAGGUGGGAGAAGAAGAGCGCCACCGUGCGGCAGAGGCGGCGGCAGUGAGCAGGAGUUGACCUUCUAACGCUUCCUCCCAACCAUGAGCUACUCCGACUACGACUCGGACGGGUACCAGUCCCACGAGGAUGAGGACUACGUCCCGUCAGAUGAUAACCUCAGUGAGGACGACAUGAACGAGUGUGAGAAGGAGGACCCUCUUCAUGAAGAUGACAGCGUUCCUCAUCCUGGAAAGAAGAAGAAGAAGAGGAAGGAUGCUCCUAUGAGGAAGCGUAGGAAGUCCGAGGAUGAAGGCAGAGAAGGGGCUGAUCGACCACGAGGAGGUGAUGAAGAUGAGGCCACGCAGAAGAAGAAAUCCGAUGAUCUUUGGGCCAGUUUCUUGUCCGAUGUCGGAACCCGGCCCAAAGCCCCCACAGGAGAGUGUCCCUCCGGAAAACCGGAGACCUCGUCUUCAGACCUGCAGCCUCCAGCUUCCACUGCAGAAACUAAAACAUCCCAGUCCGAUAAAGUCGUCAUCACUAAAGUGUUCGACUUCGCUGGAGAAGAAGUCCGGGUGAGCAAAGAAGUGUCAGCAGACUCCAGGGAAGCCAGGACUUACCUGAAGAGCCAGAAAGCUGAGCAGGACGAUGCUGAAAACCCGGACAAGCCCCCAGUUAGCGAUUCCCCUUCUCCUGGAGCCAGCACCAAACGGCCACCAGGCAUGUCCAGCAUCCUGAGUCGCAUUGGAGGAAAGAAACCAAAAAUGAGCACGCUGGAGAAGUCCAAGAUGGACUGGGAUGCUUUCAAGUCGGAGGAGGGAAUCACAGAGGAGCUGGCUAUCCACAACCGAGGGAAGGAGGGGUUUGUGGAGCGGAAAAACUUCUUGGAGCGUGUUGACCAUCGCCAGUUUGAGCUGGAGAAAGCUGUGAGACUGAGCAACAUGAAGCCAUGAUACACUCACACACAGAAACACGCACACACACACACCCCCACACACCAACCGACACACACAAAGAAACAAACAGAAAAACAAGAAACACAUACAGACCCAGAUGUUGGGGCCUCUUGUACACUGCCCCCCCUGUAAUGACAGGGUGACUGUGGGAUGGUUGUGGCGGUGUAGGGAGGGGUUGUUGCAGCUCUGGUGUGAGAACCAGUGAGAGUUUCAGAUCUGCUGCUUAUCUUCACUGAGGAUCUUUGUCCAGAUGCUUCUGAGUCUCCGCCCCCUCAUUGGGCACUGGGUUGAUGUCCGUCUUUAACAGUUCCCUCUGAGGGGGCAGUUUUUUUCCUGCACGGCCUGAUCUACACUGUCAUAAAGGUGUCUCCCAGAUUCUGGAUUUUCACAUUUUGAAAGCUGCAUUCUAAAAUGUGUUUAUGUUCAGAAGAGUUUGUGCACCGACUCACACCUGAACCACACACAUUUGUCCGUCUACCCGGAUUCUAUCGAAGAAAACUCUGAGCAGCGGCGCUGUUUCAGGAUCGUCUGUCCUGAGAGGACAUUCACACAGAACAGUUUUGUGUGGAUCAUUGGGAUGGCUCUGCUCACCUGGACUCAUGGUUCUGAUCACCUGGACUCGUAGUUCUGCUCACCUGGACUAGUGGCUCUGCUCACCUAGACUCAUGGUUCUGAUCACCUGGACUCGUGGUUCUGCUCACCUAGACUCGUAGUUCUGCUCACCUGGACUAGUGGCUCUGAUCACAUGGACUCGAGGUUCUGAUUACCUGGACUCAUGGUUCCACUCACCUGGAUCAUAGUUCUGCUCACCUGGACUCGUGGUUCUGAUCACCUGGACUCGUAGUUCUGCUCACCUGGACUAGUGGCUCUGCUCACCUAGACUCGUAGUUCUGCUCACCUAGACUAGUGGCUCUGAUCACCUGGACUCGUGGUUCUGCUCACCUAGACUCGUAGUUCUGCUCACCUGGACUAGUGGCUCUGAUCACCUGGACUCGAGGUUCUGAUUACCUGGACUCAUGGUUCCACUCACCUGGAUCAUAGUUCUGCUCACCUGGACUCGUGGUUCUGAUCACCUGGACUCGUGGCUCUGAUCACCUGGACUCGUGGCUAAAGUCUUUUAGUCAAAUCAUUUUUCUUGAUGUGUUUGAGCAGUCUUCUGUUUUCACAGCUCUGAUGUGGUCAUGUGACCUGAACCCCCACCCCUUAAAUCACAACCCGAGCAGUUCCAAACUUGAACAGUUUCAUGAGUUUGGCUGCUGAUGGAGGCAGAAGGAAGACCUGGAGUCCUCUUGGUUUUACUGCAACAGUCUUCUUGUUUUCAUGUAAAUAUUAAAUAUUGUUUUGACAUGUUCAGUCUGCUCUUUGAUACAGAAACACACUUUGUUUUUCCUGAGGACAUUCGAUGAAGAUCGGACUCUGUUGUGUUCAGAGGCUUUGAAUGUUCUCUGAAUGCAGACUCCUGUUCUUCACUUUUCACACUAAUAGAAUUUUUGUAUAAAAUGGGUCAGAGUGGCUCUAAAGAACAAACCAGGCGAUGCGGCAGUCAGACUACAGAGGGCGCCACAUUUCACAGUUUGGGUUUAAUGCAUUGACUGUAUGUGAAAACUGGACUGUGUAAGUGUGAUGUCACUUUUAGAAAAGGCCUUACUUCUGGCUCCAAUCAAAUGUAGUCAAUACAGUCGACAAUGCAUUGCGGUAGAACCAUUUUAGUGAAAAAAAGAACGUGUUUAAAUGUCAUUUUUUUGACAAACUAUCUACAUUUUUACCAUCAGAACACAGUGGAGUCACAAAUUGACUUUGUGAAAUGUUUUUAAUUGAUCAGAUUUUCACUUUGUAAAAUUGGUGACAUAUACGGCAUUUAGCUAAACAAAAGUAAAGUAGUGAGCAUUGUGUCCAAAUUGCUUUUAAAAUUACGGCACUAUAUAGUUUUUUAGUAAUUAGGGAUUAGGGUGGGAAUUCGGAGAUAACCUGUGUCUGAAAUCAAGGUUUCUGUGGUAACAACUCUUGCCAAUCAGGAGUGAGCUUGUUGGAAUUCCACACUCCUGAUUGGCAAAAACAAGUGGAAUACAUGAAAUCUGUGCAUCAAAUGUUAAUGUUGGUUGUGGGGGCCAACAGGCUCCACCUACUUUUACUGGGGCAUCUGGUUCCAAUGGCUGGUUCAUUUCUUAGGAUUUGACCACAUUUGAAGAAAAACACGAAGAUGAAUCCAAAAGAAAUAAAUACCUAUUCUAAUGCA